AUGAAAUGGUUUUUGAAUGUUGAUCGUCGUACAGCUGGUGUACUAUUUGGAUUAAUAUUAAUACAAAUUAUUUUAUAUAUAAAAUAUAAAAUAUCUUCUGAUAAAUUAGAUAAUCAAGGACAUUUACAUUUAUUAUCAGAUAAAAAUUAUUAUUCAGUUUUAACACCUUGUGUUGAACCAAAUUGUUUUAUUAAAUGUUUAGCAUUUUAUAACAGUAAUAAUUCUAUUCUUACUGUUGAACAAAAACAACAUAUGAUCAUUGAUCUUGGACAAGAUAAAAUAAUCAAUUCAUUUAUUAAUGAUUAUCCAAAACCAAAAAUAUGUGAUGAUGAUAUUGAAUUUUAUCCAAUUUCAUUUGGUUUUAUUGAAGAUCAUUUAUAUUCAACUAUUCGAAGAAUAAUACCCGGUUAUUCAUCAUUUAAUGAAACAUGUUUACCUAUUAAAUUAAUUGAUUUUAGUUCAUUGAUACCAGGAAAACGGCAUACAUAUGUAUUUGAUUUUGGUAAUGAAUUAGAUUAUAGAAGAUUAUAUAGAUCAGCUUAUUUUGCAGUAACAAUGAAAAAAGCUGGUUGGGAUUGCAAUCGUCAUUAUGAAAUUAUAUCAUCAGGCACCAUUCCCUUCUUUGAUUCUUUAGAAAAUUCUGAUGAAUUUACAAUGAAACAUUUACCAAAAAAACUAUUACUAGAAGCUCGUGAAAUGAAAGGUAUUAAUCGAAAAACAUUGACGAUUGAUCAUUCACAAUUUAAUUCUAGUCAUUAUUAUCUAUUACUUCAUCGUUUACUUUAUUAUGCUAAACAUAGAUUAACUACAACAAAAUUAGUUGAAUAUAUGUUAAACAUAAUUAAUUUUAAAAAUUUUUCAUUACCAAUACUAUUUAUUAGUCAUAAUGAAGCAGAUUAUCAGAAAGAUUUAAUGUUACAUGGAUUUACGUUAAUAUUUAAACAAAAUUUACAUGUUUAUGAACCACCACAAUUUAUGUAUGAAUAUCCUGAUUAUAAACAAUGGACAAAAAAAGAAACAAAAAAUUUUUAUAAAAUACCAUUAUAUGGAAUGGGUUAUUCUUAUGCAUUGACAUUAUCAAAAUAUCAAAACCUAUACAAGAGAGAUAUAGAAAAAUUGAAUGAAUCAAUAGUUAAGAAAAAUAUUAAAUAUAAAGAAUAUUCACUUGUCAUAUUUGGUUCGAUUCUUCGACGAAAUUCACUAUUAUCAUUCGUUUCACAAUAUUAUUCAAGAUCGGAAAUAAUUCUAAUUGAUGGCGAAGAUGAAGGUAGAAAUAAACAACGUAGAAAAUAUGCUCAGUUAGGUACUUAUUUUCUAAGGGAAAUAUCUAAUGAUUGUAAUAAAAUUACAUGA